GCACUCUACAUUGACAGCGGAUCGGGUUCAGGUAGGAGCAUGAGUCGGACUCUGCUGUGGCUGGUGGCCUCUUUGGCCUUUGUCUCUCUGACUUCUCUGGCUGAUGGAGCUCCAUUGCAGAUAAUGUCUGCCCCCAACUUGUUGCGGGUAGGAACAGUAGAAAAGAUCUUUGUGGAGUGCCAAGACUACACUGGAGCAGAAAUACCGGUCACAAUCAACGUGAUGAACCAUCCAACUAAAAACACCAGGCUGGCAUCCACAUCUGUGACACUUACCAAUGCAAAUAACUUCCAGGCGCUCGGACAAAUAACGAUCCCUGUUGGAGACUUCAGUAAAGAUCCCAAGGUAAAGCAGUAUGUGUACCUGCAAGCUCAGUUCCCCGACCGAAUGUUGGAGAAAGUCGUCUUGGUCUCCUUCCAGUCCGGGUACAUCUUCAUCCAGACGGACAAGACCCUCUACACCCCUGACAGCACAAUUCAUUACAGGAUGUUUGCAUUGUCACCCCGUAUGGAGCCCAUUGAGAGGGAUGAAACAACCAAAGCUGAUGCUUCUAUUGCCAUCGAGAUUGUGACCCCCGAAGGCAUCAUUUUACCACUUGAUCCAGUCUCCCUGCGAUCUGGGAUGCACGCUGGAGAUUUCCAUCUUGCUGAAAUUGUCAGUCCUGGAUUAUGGAAAGUUGUGGCAAAGUUCUACAGCAACCCACAGCAGAGCUAUUCUGCAGAGUUUGAAGUCAAAGAAUAUGUGCUGCCCAGUUUUGAGGUGAAACUGACACCUUCGAGCACCUUCUUCUACGUGGACAGCCAAGAGUUCACUGUCAACAUCAAAGCUACAUAUCUUUUUGGCGAAGAGGUGGAUGGGACGGCAUAUGUGGUGUUUGGGGUUAUGCAAGAGGGUCAAAAGAAGAGUUUUCCAAAUUCUCUUCAGAGAGUGCAGGUUGACAGAGGUGGUGGAGUGGUCACACUGAAAAGGGAGCACAUCACAAAGACCUACCCAAACAUUAACCAGCUGGUCGGGAGUUCCAUAUUUGUGUCUGUCAGUGUGCUGACAGCUAGCGGUAGUGAAAUGGUGGAGUCAGAGUUGAGAGGUAUCCAGAUUGUCACAUCACCUUACACCAUCCUCUUCAAGAAAACGCCCAAAUAUUUCAAACCAGGAAUGUCCUUCGAUGUUGCGGUUGAGGUUGUGAAUCCUGAUGACACACCGGCAUCAGGUGUAGCAGUGGUGGUCGAUCCAGGCCGGGUGCAGGGCUUCACUGCAGCCAACGGCAUGGCACGGCUCACCAUCAACACAGUUGCAGGAAACUCAAGACUGACAGUUACAGCAAAGACCAAUGAUCCUCGUAUUACACAUGAAAGACAAGCAUCAGCCACCAUGUCAGCUGUGCCAUAUGCCACUAAAAGCAACAACUACAUCCACAUAGGGGUGGAUACUGCUGAGCUUAAUUUAGGAGACAAUCUGAAAAUCAACCUCAACCUCAACAGACAGGGAAAUCAAAACAGUGACAUCACAUACCUGAUCCUGAGCCGAGGUCAAAUGGUGCAAAACGGCCGUUACAAGACGAAAGGUCAAGUGUUGAUUUCCCUGAUAAUUCCCAUUACCAAAGAAAUGCUGCCAUCAUUCCGCAUUAUUGCCUACUAUCAUACAGACGGCAAUGAAGUGGUAUCAGACUCUGUCUGGGUGGAUGUAAAGGAUUCCUGCAUGGGCUCGCUGACGCUGACAUCAUCAAGACCCGCUCCAUCAUAUGAGCCUCGCAGGAUGUUUGGUCUGAAGGUCAUUGGAGACCCAGAGGCCACGGUGGGACUGGUGGCAGUUGACAAAGGCGUCUACGUCCUAAACAACAAACACCGUCUCACCCAGAAAAAGGUGUGGGAUAUUGUAGAGAAGCAUGACACUGGCUGCACACCUGGUGGAGGGAAGGACGGUAUGGGUGUGUUCUACGAUGCUGGGUUGUUGUUUGAGUCCAGCACAGCUUCUGGGACUCCCUACAGACAAGAAUUGAAAUGCCCGGCCCCCAGCAGGAGGAAACGAGCUACCACUAUAACGGACGUCAGAACCAGCUUAUUGAGUCAGUACACAGAACAAGCGCAAAAAGAUUGUUGUUCGGAUGGCAUGAGGGAAACUCGCCUCUCAUACACCUGUGAGAUACGUGCAGAGUACAUCACUGAUAAUGCAACCUGUGUGGAGGCCUUCCUGCACUGCUGCAAGGAGAUAGCAAACCAGCGAGCUGAGAUGAAGGAGGAUAGCCUCCUGCUGGCUCGCAGUGAGGAGGAUGACAACAGUUACAUGGACAGCAACGAAAUUAAUUCGCGCACCAAGUUCCCUGAGAGUUGGCUGUGGUCAGAUGUCAAACUGCCUGCUUGCUCUCGACAAUCGCCUAACUGUGAAACCACAUCAAUGACGAAAAACGUUCCUUUGCAAGACUCAAUCACAACCUGGCAGUUUACUGGCAUUAGUCUGUCAAGAACGAACGGAAUCUGUGUUGGUGAGCCAUUAGAAGUAAUUGUCCGGAAGGAGUUCUUCAUUGAUCUCAGGGUGCCGUACUCUGCUGUCCGUGGAGAGCAGCUGGAAGUUAAGGCAAUCCUCCACAACUACAGCCCAGAUCCUGUCACUGUGCGUGUUGAUCUGAUCGAGAAGGAGCACGUGUGCAGUUCAGCCUCUAAACGUGGAAAGUAUCGUCAGGAAGUGAACAUCGGACCCAAACAACGAUCUGUACCCUUCGUCAUUAUUCCCAUGAAACAUGGAGAGUACCCCAUUGAGGUCAAAGCAGCUGUUAAAGAUUCGUCACUCAACGAUGGAAUUAUGAAAAUGCUGCGGGUGGUGCCUGAAGGUGUACUGGUUAAAUCUCCUCAGAUUAUAACUCUAGACCCAGCUAACAAAGGUGUAGGUGGUAAACAAGAAGAAAUCCUCAACAGUGGAAUUCCUAAGAAAGAUUUGGCUCCAAACACACCUACCAGCACACAGAUCUCUGUGACAGGGAAAGAACAAGUGUCUGUACUGGUGGAGAACGCCAUUAGUGGGAACUCUAUGGGAAGUCUGAUCUACCAGCCCGGGGGCUGUGGAGAGCAGAACAUGAUCCAUAUGACCCUGCCUGUUAUUGCAACCAUAUAUUUGGACAAAACCAACCAGUGGGAAUCUGUGGGCUUUCAGAAACGUGCUGAAGCUCUCCAACACAUCAAGACCGGUUACCGCAACGAGCUUGCCUACCGUAAAAAAGAUGGGUCUUUUGCUGUUUGGGCGAAUCGCCCAAGUAGCACCUGGCUGACAGCUUAUGUUGCCAAGGUGUUUGCCAUGGCCAACAGUCUGGUGGCAGUGCAAAAGGAACACAUCUGUGAAGCAGUCAAGUUUCUGAUUCUCAAUGCGCGCAGCAACGACGGCUUAUUUAGAGAAGUUGGAAGGGUGUCCCACGGAGAGAUGAUUGGUGACGUGCGUGGUGCAGAUUCAGAUGCCUCCAUGACAGCCUUCUGCCUCAUUGCCAUGCAGGAAUCACGCUCACUAUGUGCACCUACUGUGAAUAGUCUAGCUGGCAGUAUAGACAAAGCAGUGGCUUACCUGGAGAAGCGUCUGCCCCAUCUCACCAACCCAUAUGCUGUUACCAUGGCAUCAUAUGCCCUGGCCAAUGAAAACAAACUGAACCGCGAGAUCCUCAACAAAUUUGUCGCCCCAGACUUGUCCUACUGGCGGACACCUAAGGGGCGCGUUUACACACUGGAGGCCACAGCUUACGCUCUUCUCGCUCUGGUCAAGGCUAAGGCAUUUGAGGACGCCAGACCUGUAGUGAGAUGGUUCAACAAACAGCAGAAGGUGGGCGGAGGCUAUGGAUCAACACAGGCAACUAUAAUAGUGUACCAGGCUAUAGCAGAGUACUGGACCAAUGCUAAAGAACCAAACUAUGACCUGAAUGUGGACAUCUUGUUGCCAGGCAGGUCAAGUCCUACCAAGUACAAUUUCAACCAGAACAACCAGUUCACUACCAGAACAUCUAAAAUCAAUGAUAUAAACCAGGAUGUGAAAGUUACUGCCACAGGCUCAGGAGAAGCAACAGUGAAAAUGGUGUCGCUGUAUUACGCUCUGCCCAAAGAAAAGGAGAGUGACUGUCAGAAGUUCAACUUGUCAGUGGAGCUCUUGCCAGAGAAAAUGGAUGAGGAUGAGAAAAUAUACAAACUGAGAAUCCAGGUUUUGUAUAAGGACAAGGACCAUGAUGCAUCCAUGUCAAUCUUGGAUAUUGGGUUGCUAACUGGCUUCACUGCUAACACAAACGACCUGGACUUGUUGGCCAAAGGCCGUGCCCGCACUAUUGCAAAAUAUGAGAUGAACAAAGUCCUGUCAGAAAGAGGCUCACUCAUCAUCUACCUGGACAAGGUUUCUCACAGACGAAUGGAGGAGAUCAGUUUUAGGAUCCAUCAGAAACUAAAAGUGGGAGUCUUACAACCAGCUGCUGUGUCUGUCUAUGAGUACUAUGACCAAUCACACUGUGUGAAAUUUUACCACCCAGAGAGGAAAGCUGGACAGCUACUACGGCUUUGUAGAAAUGAUGAAUGCACAUGUGCUGAAGAGAAUUGUAGUAUGCAGAAGAAGGACAAUAUCAAAGAUGAUCAGCGCACAGCUAAGAUUUGCGAGAGUACACUGACCAGCAAAAUAGAUUUUGCAUACAAAGUGAGAGUGGAGGAAUUUGCAGACGGUUUGUCCACUGACAUUUACACAGUGCGGGUACUGGAAGUCAUCAAGGAAGGAAGUUUUGAUGUGGGUCCUCUGAAUAAACUGCGCACAUUCCUCAGUUAUCCACACUGCAGGGAGUCUUUAGACUUGGCAGAGAGCAAAAUCUACCUUAUCAUGGGCACAUCCAAAGAUAUUCACAGAGAUGACGUAGAUCAAACGUAUCAGUAUGUACUUGGAGAGAGAACUUGGAUCGAGUACUGGCCCACAGGUGCAGAGUGUCAAACUGAUGAACACAGACCUACCUGUCUGGGCAUGGAGGAGAUGGUCCAGCAGUACCAACUCUUUGGGUGUCAGCAGUAGUGAAACUCGAGGAAACAAAAUGUUCUUUUCAAAUUGUUUUUAUUUUGCAUUAUUCAUGUAAAACUCAACCUGCUUUGGGAUGUAAGGUCUCACAAUGUUGCACUGUACUGAAUAAAACACAAUGGUCUCAA